AUGAGCCGUGGCUUUGCAGUUUCAGUACGGACCGGGGGGGUCUCGCCUCAAGCUGAGGGCAGCAAUUGUGUUGUGGUGACAUCCAGGUUCCCGGAGUCUACCAUCAACGACAAAGGACCUGCAGGCGACGUCCACGUCACGUUUAGUGGGGAACGCAUCUUUAGGGCUUCACAAGGACCGUCAGAAGCACAGCAAUCGAUUGAGUCUGCUGGAUGCACUCAAUCGAACCAAACGUUGGUUGUAUUUGGCGACUCCGGCUCGUGUUCUGUGGGGAGUGGAGAUGUCUGGGAGGCCCUCUUCUCGUCCUUAUGCCAGAUAGAGGGCACAAAGGAAACGCGCGCGUCGUAUGAGGGCAAAGAAGUGUGGCAGGAAUGGGGAGACCAGCAGGAGCAGCACCUCACAGGCGGCUCCUCAGCCGCAGCUGGUGCCACUUCACACGGCAUUGCCGCUGGCCUGGUGAACGAAGCCGCGGAUGCAAAUACGUCUGACUUGCUGAAGGUUCUCGGUCCUCGUCGAGCAGCGUAUGCAAGGCGAGUGUGCGCUGUGCUGUCUAGCCGAUGCCGGUGGCGCAGUCCGUUUGCCCGACCGGGCUCCAGCGUAGCACGACCUCCAUGUACCUGCAUGCCUACGACAGCUGUUACCUCCCCUUCUGCAGCUUUCUGUCUUGCGUUUCAUUCGAAGACCUUGGGGCUUUUGUUUUUCUGUCGAGACAAACUGGGCCUUGCUUCCCUGUUAGCGGUGUGCCCGAGCAACAGCUGCCCAGAUGAGUGUCGCCCCUGCUUCGUCCUGGCUACAUCUGCUACGCACUUACGAAGCCUUGACCCUCCGAAAGGCCGCGAGGGGGGAGGAAAAGAACGGACUAUUGAAGUUCCAGUGGAUGGGGUGUGGGUAUUAGAUUUAUGGGCCCUAGCGGCUCCAGAGGCGUUGCCAGGCGUUGCUGUUAGAUCGGCGGAAUGCAGUGAGCCUGAAGGCUCCACUGCUUCUCUUUCCGGCCUGCCCAAUCUCUACUGCAUCCCUUGGGAGCAGCGAAGCAUCAUCCGCACGACCCACAUGUGGUGUCUCUGCACCACUUGUGCGAAAGUCCGAGAACAAUUUUGGAAAUGGAGCAACUGCCAGUGCCGCUUCCAGCUCGACACGCUUGCGUGCCCUUUGCCGCAGGAGACAGGCCAUUGCUUGGGGAAACCACUAGGGAAUAUAUUGGGGUUCGCCGAUGUGCCCCCUGCGACUCCUGCUCUAGAAAGCAUACGUGUCUUUGGUGUUCAAAACCAAGGAGGUUCGUCUUGUCUCUCUUCGACACACGUCCUGAAGAAUCUGUAUAGAGAGCUCUUUGGGGCCGUUGCCAGGGCCAUUCCAGAGGCCCUGCAAAAGAUAACCGGCACCUCGAGGCGCUCUGUGAGCGGCGCCGAUUCUUCGACGGUCUUUGUGGGGCUGUUGUUUUCGGGGGGCGUCGACUCGACGUUGCUGGCUGGAAUGGUUUUGCGAGUUCUCGCAGCUGCCAUGGCGAAGACGCACAGCAAAGCUACAAAAGAAAGUUCGCUCAAUACUGCGCUGCCUGAACAACUGGUAGUGGUGGAACUGGUUUCCGUCGCCUUUUCGGCAGAGGCACCAGACAGGUUGACAGCGUUGCGUAGUUUCCAGGAUCUGCUUGCCCUGUUGCACGCACUAGGCAAACGCUACGAGCCCCAGGACUGCAGAGGUGGCGCCGGAGAUACCCCAUCCAGCAAAAGUGUUGCUUUUAUUGGAGACUGGGCCCUUGAACUGAGGCUAGUAGCUGUUGACGUGGCGAACGCAGACAGUGCAGACUGUCGCAGCCAGCUCCUGGAGGUCAUCUAUCCAAAGCAGACCCACAUGGAUUUCAAUAUUGCUGCCCCUCUAUAUUUUUCUGCAAGACGGCAGUGCACUGCUGUGUUUCGGGUGGCUCUUGUAGGGGAAUUGGAUAUUUGGUCUCGCCGAACUUCGACAAGAGCGGCGAAGAGCGGCUGUGCUCACUGCACGUGCAAACUGUGUUGCGCAAAAUUGCAAGCUGCUGCAGUGCAGCGCGCAUUUUCCUCAGUUCCAGAUACCCAGGCCUGUGAUGAGAUUCACGUGGGGGGGCAGGGGCGGCUUAGGAUUUCCGACCUGGGCUUUGCCGUGCACGCGGCUUGCCCGGUACACCGCAAACCCCGGCUAUUGUGCUCCAAGGAAGAAGCAGGCAACGAAGGCAGAACAGAUGCUUACGCCGAAGGACUUUCGAGCAGGGGGGAUGAUGUGGCUCCCUUCAAGUCCCUCUUUUUGCUUCCAUGUGGGGUGCCUUUGGCCACCAACGAAGCUGGACGACCCUUCAUGGCGAUGCAUCUGGCUGACCUACACGAAUGGUGCACGUUAGACGGCCGGCGGUGGCGCUGCAUUGACAGCGUGACGGGCAACUAUACUGUGCAGAGCACAGUGUUCCUUAUGGGGAGCGGCGCAGAUGAAAUAUUCGGUGGCUACGGUCGUCACCGAACGGCAAACUUGACUAAAGGCUGGGAGGCACUUCGACACGAGCAGAUUCUGGAUCUGAGGCGCCUCUGGUUUCGUAACAUGGGCAGAGACUGCCGCGCACUUUUCGCAUUUGGCCGGUGGGCACGCGUACCUUUCCUUGAUGAACGCUUACUGGAUUUUGUUUGUUGUUCCGUACCCUUCGAGCAUAUCGUUCAGCCUUCAGCCGACGUACGUGCAGCAGCGGAGGAAGUGAUGCGACGGCUGCUUAUGAAGGCCAUAACGCCAACACAAACUGUCAAGGAGGAGGAUUUUAAUUGCCCAUCGGCGAGCAGCAAACGAACGGAUCUUUUAGAGCGGGUAGAAGAACUUACAAUGAAUGCAGCUGGCUUGCGCGCACCAGGAGGACAAACUAACAACACGCAUGUAGAACCCGAAGCUGGUAGCAGCGGCUUGUGCUCCGCAAACAAGUGGCUCAUUCGCAUUUGUGCAGCUUUUUGUGGGCUGUCUUUUAGCGCUGUCGCCAAAAAGAGAGCCAUGCAAUUUGGGUCGCGCUCCGCCAAAGUUUCAAAUAGCGAGUGUUUCCCCAGCAAUCGGAAAGCCCGGGGAGACGCCACUUUAGAGGGUUGUGACGAAAAUACAUACCUGUGA